AUGUCUUUUCUGCAGCUGUUACCUUUUCAAAGUUGCCUUUCGCCAACCGAGAGGCCCUCACCAAGUUCAGCGGGGGACUCUCCAAGCUCAGCUGUGGUGCCUGCAGCCCCGGAGGCACCAGGUGCGGCGCCUUCAUCAAGUUCAGCGCUGCCUGCAGCCCCGGAAGCACCAGCUGCGGCCUCUUCCCCAAGCUCAGCUGUGGUGCUUGCAGCCCCAGAAGCACCAGCUGCGGCGCCCUCACCAAGUUCAGCGGCGGCCUCUUCCCGAAGCUCAGCUGUGGUGCUUGCAGCCACAGAAGCACCAGCUGCGGCAAGUUCAGCGGCGGCCUCUUCCCGAAGCUCAGCUGUGGUACCUGCAGCCCCGGAAGCACCAGCUGCGGCUCCCCCAGUGCUGGAGACGCCUGCUGUGACCCCUGCAGUCUUGGAGCCACCUGCAGCGGCCAGCGCACCUGCAGAGAAGUUGGACGCCUCACCUGGAGCCCGCCAGCCUGAGUUCCGCCAGUCCUUGCUGUCCUUGGCCAUGCGUCGCCAGUUGAUGCUCCGAAUGCUGUCUUCCUUGAAGAAAGAGGAAGAGGUUUUAAGUGUGCAAGCUGAAGCUGCCGCCGUGGCUUUGUGUUCCGCGAGAUCUUCUUCUUCCACCGGUUCUCCUGCAGACAUGUUGGAGACGCUGCCUUUGCCUGAAGCUGAUGAUCUGCUGGAUGUUUCUUCCCUGCCGCCUCCCAGCGUUGCUCCUUGUCCUGUAAUGGCAGAGGCAGAGGCAUCCCUGGAAGCACCUGCUGCUGCGGAAGAGGAAGACUUCCGUCGGAAGCAGCUCGCUGUGCGGGCAGAAGAGAAGGAGGCUCAGCAAGCUGCACGGGAGGAAGCAAAGAACAACAAGGAGAAGCAGCAGAAGCCAAAGGCGAAAGCCAAGGGCCGACCACGAAAGACUGACGACAAGGCAGCCCCCAAGAGAGCACCCAAGCGCAAGAACACGGAGGAGGCUACGGAGGAGGCUGAAGUUCCUGCAGUUUCUGCGCCAGUUGAGGCGAAGCCCAAGAAGCAAAGGCGCACAGCUGCCAAGUCCAAAGCGAAGCCUGGGCAGUGGGAGUACCCUCCGGAGGUUGACAGGGACAUGAUCCCGGAGUUCCUCGAGGUCAUGAAGCAGUUCAAGGACCAGUCCUACGACAAGUCUGAGAUGACUCUCCACACGAAGAAGUUUGCAGAUUGGAUCACCAUCCCUGUCUACUGGACCCGCCCUGCUGUCGGCAUCAAGAUUGCCACGGAGAGCGGUGUGACACAGCGGUACUACACCGGAAGGAAGUUCAACAGCAUCGCCGUGAACAUCCUGGUUGCCCACAAGAUGGCAGAGAAGUUGGUGGCUCAUCCGCGUGAGUGGGCCAUGAGUAAUGAAGCCAGCACGUGCUUCGACAAUUUGCAGUUGACCGCUGCGGCUGCCCAUGACAAGUUUGAAGAUCUGAGGGCCCGGGGUCUUGACCCGACUGCGCUGGCUGCUAUGGCUGGGUGGCAUCUGCAUGCCACCUUGCUUUGCGGAGCAGCGGGGCCACCUUUCGAUUUGUUGGAGGCCCCCUCGCUGAAGGGACUUGCGGCGCCCCUCCCGCUCAUGCCGAAUGGUGAUGGUGAUGGCGGAAGCUCGGACGAUGGCCGCCAUGGUCCGCCCAAGGGAAAAGGUCCAAAGGGCCGGACGCAAGGGAUGGGAAAGGAAAAGAUGGAAAAGGUAAAGAGAAGGGAGAUGAAAAGGGGCGCCAACGUCCAAGGGAUCAAUGAGGCCAUCUUCUCCAGUCAGGCCACCUUCUGCGCCAAUGGGGAUGGGGCAGUGGGUCUACAUGUGGCUGCCCUAUGGGCCUGGCGGACUGCCAUAUGGACCCCCGCAGCCAGUACCUCCAUUCCCACCACCGCACAUGGUGCUGGCCCUCCAAAACCGAAGCCCCGGCCAGAUGCGGUGGAGAGAGCUUGCGCUGUCGCAGGCCUACCCGCUGGCUCCACGGCAGGAGCACCUGCUACAGUCCCAGGCUCCAAGGCUAGUGCACCAAUGCCUAAGGCGUGCGGAACAAGUGCAGGGGGAGACCUCGCUACGUCUGGUGAUGCUGUGAUUGCUGCGCAACAAGCUGUGCGCCAUGUGAUGGAGUAUAUGCAGCAACAGAUGGUCAGGGAUCCAGCUGUGUGGGGAGCCUCCGUGUCAGCACCGCCACCCGGUACUACUAAUACCACCACCAGUGACGCCGAGCCAGCAGAAGAUGCUGCCUUGAGAAGGCGACAUGACAAGGACAAGGGCAAGAAGGAGGACCGUGACCGGUCACGGCGACGCCGGAGGGAGGAAGGUGCUAUGGUGAAGCGCGGCGCUCGCUCUUCUGGCCAUCGCUUUGCACGUGGGGCCAUCCAGAAGGAGAAGCGGCUUCAGCGCGAGCAAAGGGCUGCAGCCAGACCUCCUCGAAGUGCGUUCCUUUGGAUGAUCGUAAUGACGUUCUAUCAUACCGGUAUGCCCACAGUGGCACAGGCGUGGACAUGUGUCGAGCUGUUCGCUGGCGAUGGAAAUGUCGGCAAAUCCACCAAGUACGGCCUGGUGGCCACCGCUCAGCUCGACAUCCGAUAUGGAGGCCAGGUGGCUCAACGCAACGCCUUCGAUCUUGGACACGCUGGCGAUCUGGGUGCUUCUGAACACUUCGCCAGCAGGUUUUUUUUGUCUGCUCGCAGUGGUGUGUACGAGCUUCAGCGCGAUGAACGUCGCAACUUCAAAGAGGUCUCCUUGUACUCCGUUUGGGGACACAACCCUGCCACAUGUUCGAGUUGGAAACCUGUUACUCUCCAGAAGCAUUUUGCUAUGCUAUCUGGCCGUAUGUCUCAACGGUGCACUGAUGUUGGAGCAGCCAUCUUCCUCACGGCUGCCGUGGUUUCCACGGUGGGAACAAUUCGCCCAGAUGGUAAAGCUUUGGCGAGUGGGCUGGUGGAUGAAACAUUAUGGCUCACUCACACCGAAACUGGACGUAAUCAUCGUACAUCUCGACUUUUUUGCUAUCAGAAAUAA